GCGUACGCUGCUCCCUGGAGGGGCUGUCCGGGUCCCACCCACUGGCUGGAAGGAGGGGACGUGAAUGAAAGGACAGGACGAGCCCCGAACACCAUGUCACUCUGGGAGGGACGCAGCGGCAACUGAGCUGUGCAAGGGUUUUUUUUUUUUUUUUCUUUUCCCUUUUCUUUUUCGUUCUUUCUUUUUCUCCCCCUCCCUUUUUUUCUUUUUUUUUUUUUUUUUUUUUUUUUUUUUUUUUUUUUUUUUUUUCUUUAAGGUGGGGAAAGAGACACCCAGGAGACAGGAAGCUGAUCUGCAAGAUUUCCGAGUUCUGCUAAAAGGACUUCGAUUUUUUUUAUUUUCCUUUACAAACGCUGGCAAUUGACAUCACUACGGACAGCCGGGUAGAGAACAAACUGCCUCCUCCCAAGUGGACCCCAGGCGUGAUCUGGGGAAACUGUGUGGGGUUUUUUCCUACGGAUCCCCGCCUCUUUCUCUUUUUGGUGUGUUUCUUUUUAAAAUUCUUGCUGUGUUGGAACUAGCGAGUGCUGGAAGACUCUCGGAAGCCUCAUCAGUCAUCGGGACUGUCAGGAAUAGUGGUUCCAGAGGAAGCUCGGCCUGGGGCACAGAGCCUGUCAUCCAGUUCCCUGCCUCGGAGAUAGCGACUCCAGCUACAUGGGCAAACGCCUGGAUCAGCCACAAAUGUACCCCCAGUACACUUACUACUACCCUCAUUACCUCCAAACCAAGCAGUCCUAUGCACCAGCUCCCCACCCCAUGGCUCCUCCCAGCCCCAGCACAAACAGCAGCAGCAACAGCGGCGGGGAGCAGCUGAGUAAAACCAACCUGUACAUUCGCGGCCUCCCACCAGGCACCACUGACCAGGACCUAAUCAAGCUGUGCCAACCGUAUGGAAAAAUCGUAUCAACAAAGGCAAUCCUUGACAAAAACACAAAUCAGUGCAAAGGGUAUGGUUUUGUAGAUUUCGACAGCCCAGCAGCUGCACAGAAAGCGGUAGCGUCUCUCAAGGCAAAUGGCGUGCAGGCACAGAUGGCCAAGCAACAAGAGCAAGACCCAACAAACCUAUACAUCUCAAAUCUCCCCAUUUCUAUGGAUGAGCAGGAACUUGAGAAUAUGCUGAAACCCUUUGGACAUGUCAUUUCCACGAGAAUACUAAGAGAUGCUAAUGGAGUCAGCAGAGGCGUUGGCUUUGCCAGAAUGGAGUCUACUGAAAAAUGUGAAGUGGUAAUUCAACAUUUUAAUGGAAAAUAUCUGAAAACACCACCAGGAAUCCCAGCCCCUACUGAGCCUUUACUGUGCAAAUUCGCUGAUGGAGGACAAAAGAAGCGACAGAAUCAAAGUAAAUACACCCAGAAUGGAAGGCCCUGGCCCAGGGAAGGAGAGGCUGGCAUGGCCCUGACCUAUGACCCCACAGCUGCCAUACAGAAUGGAUUUUAUUCUUCACCGUACAGUAUUGCAACCAACCGCAUGAUUCCACAGACAUCCAUCACGCCAUUCAUUGCUGCUUCCCCUGUCUCCACAUAUCAGGUCCAGAGUACUUCAUGGAUGCCUCAUCCGCCAUACGUUAUGCAACCAACAGGUGCUGUGAUCACGCCAGCGAUGGACCAUCCGAUGUCAAUGCAGCCAGCAAACAUGAUGGGCCCCCUGACACAACAGAUGAACCACCUUUCGUUGGGUACCACGGGAACGAUUCAGUCCCAAGACAGGAUUAUGAUACUCCACCAGCUGUUGUGUCAGUACAUGACUGCCGCGGCUCCUAUGCAAGGGACCUACAUCCCCCAGUACACGCCUGUGCCUCCGACAGCUGUUUCCAUUGAAGGUGUUGUGGCUGAUGCCUCUCCCCAGACAGUGGCACCUUCGUCCCAGGACACGAGUGGUCAGCAGCAGCAGAUAGCAGUGGACACAGCCAGCGAGCAUGCAUCUGCAUAUUCCUACCAACAGUCCAAACCAUAAACAAGACUGAAGAAUGUCCGUCUGAAACUCUGCCUUGAAUGAAGAAACUUCAUUAAACAAGAAGUUGGCUUCCAGUUUUGCACAGGCGGUGGAAUGCUGUUUUGUUUGUUUGUUUGUUUUUUUAAUUUUCUACUUUACCCAAUGAAAACAACGUGUUUUUACGUGCUGUGCAAAUGGUUCCUUCAUGUGGUCUGACAGUUUAUUUUUGCAUCAUUUUUUUAAUUAAAGAAAACAAUCCCAGAAGAGGACAACUACUACAAACAGAUAAAGCAAAACAUGGAAGGUUGACAUUCAUGUGGAAGAACAAUUGAAUUCAGAAUUUAUCUGAAGGUGUAGAUAGAUUGAUUUUUUUUUUUUUUAAAACAGGAAAUCUGAUGUCAAGAGGUGGGCAAGCAGAAAUGGAAACAAAUUGUCUUCCUCAGUAAUUAAGCUACUCUUUCUUUUUCCCUUCUUGUUUAAAUCUAGUGGGUUGGGUUUUUUUUUAUUUUAUUUUUUUCUUAGAAAUAUUUAGGUAAGGUUUAUCUUGAAUCUUAAUUGCCUUAAUUUUAAGGACGUCAAAGGCUCUCGAGGCAAGCUGUCAACGUCUUGUUAAAACCAAGAAAGAAUUGAAAUAUUGUACCGGUUUUCACCGGUACUGAAGUUUAAGACUAUGAGUUUUUAGGGUGGAAAAAAAAAAAACUGUACAGUUUUAAAGAAAAUGUUUUUCUUCAUUUGAAGAAAAUUUGCUUAUGAUAAAAGAAACCAUGGCAACUGCAAGAAUUGGGGAAAUGCUGGGACUUCUCAUGAACUUUGUCUUAAGUGUUGAAUCGUUCUAGAAGGCUAAAACAUUUUAAGGUAAAGUUAUUAAUGUUGGUUUAAAAACAACUGCAUUAGAAAUAAUGCGUGUUUGGGGGGCAGAAUGCAGAUUUUUUUAAUUUCCAAAGCGUGAUCGCUGGCAAAAUCAUUAGUGCUUUUUAUCUGCAGUCUUUUUUAUGAGCUUUACAAACUUUUUAGUCAGCUUUGCUUGUCACAUUGCAAAAUCUAGCUUAAGAGCAUUAAAAAAAAAAAAAACUUAAGUAGAUAGGAGCUUAUUGUCAAAAAGUGCAAAAAAGAAAAAAACUACAAAAAAAAAAUAACAAAAAAAGCAAUAGAUAGAGAAAUUGUUGACAAUUUCUGUAGUCUUUCCUAGUUGUGAUCAAAUUCAGCCUAUGGAUGGCCUGUUUUAUACCAAAGAUGAAGUGGCACCCUGUUGCAGUCCAGAAGAUAAGAGGUUGCUUUUCUUUUCUUCUCUUUUCUUUUUUAAAAUUUUAUUUGACCUACAUGGCCGGACCAGUUCUUACUUUGUUUGUUUAAACUACCUUCCACUGGUGUUUUACAUACUGCAAAAAAAAAAAAAAAAAAACAUUGUUUUUGUUUUAAAUGUAUAUUUGUGGAUAGUAGAAGCUUGUUCCUGUGGUCAGCAGUAGUAGCGCCAAGAGCUCUGGAUCCCAACCAAUAGAGCCAAGUGGCUUUAAGUCCCACGUGCUUUUCUGGUUCUCUCCUAGUGCUCUUGAGUUAUGACGUCUGUAUCGAUGGCCACCAAUGAGCUAACACACUUGUUUAACAGGUUGAAAUUUCAUUAUGUGAAUUUUGGACUCAAGAUACUUCCUGAACUGGUCUGAAAGAUCACUUGUUGAAAAACCUCAGUGAUGCUCUGUUGAGUGGUGAGUGGUCUCCUGAAAAGGCCUUGCACGGUAUUUGUAACAAUAGCCUUCCUUCUAAACUCCUGCACCUCUAGAUUUUGUCUUCUUGCCUCAGUCUUUGUCAUCAUCUACCAUGAAUAGCCACCUUGACUCUGCAGUUGGGGAGGGGAUAUCUUUUUUUUUUUUUUUUUUUGCCUCAUUUCAUUGUAUUUUCAUAUCCUGGUAUUGUCAGAAGAAAGACAAGACGACUUUUUAAUUUCAGUUUAACUCUCUGAGGCAAAUAGGACCACUAAGAUUGAGGAUUCUAUUAGUGGAAUUCAGGUAAGCUUUUAAUGCUAGUUGACAAUCAAGAAAUUGUAUGAUUUAUAUGAAUAAGAACCCAAAUAAUUAGAUUUGAUCAAUUUUUAAAGCCAAAGGAGAUAUAUAUUACAUUGAGAAUGAUGCAAAACUUUGUCUAAAAUGAAUUAAAUUGACUUACCAAACACCUCUGCAUAUUUGACUCAUAAAAUCUAUGUUCAACCUGUACAGUUUUACCUGAAAUGAAGGACAGUGGAACUCUGUUAAUUGAACCAUGCACUAGAAUGGCUUUCUAAUGGCUUAUUAGAAUCAAUAGUUGAAACUCUUUUCACAAAGUCACAGGAACCUGUCUUAGUCCAGAAGGAAGAGGCACUGUAAAAGAAAACAGGGUAGGCAUUUAAAAACAAAUAUAUUAAAAGGUAAAUCAUAUUCCCAUUACGUCAACAUGAAUAAUGAGUUUGACUCAUAAAAUUCAUCAACAUUCUACUAUGUUUGAUCUAUAAACAAAGGUCUAGUGUUAAAAUAUACCUCUCUUAUUUGAAAAUCCCAUGAAUUGAAAGCUCUUAUCUAGAGAGUGAUUCCAUAUCUUUGUGGUCCAAUUAGAGGCAAAAAUAUAGCCAAGGCAGUGUAGCAUGUGCUACAAAAAAAUUCCAACUGGUGAUAGCCAUCCCUAUGGUUUCCCAUGCUUUAGAGAGAAUACUAAACUUACGUUUCGUUUUGUUCCAUUCUUCAGCCUCUCGUGUAUUUUAAGGAUGGCAUUUUCUCUUUGAGAAAUGGGCCCCCGAGUCACAGGGGGAUGAGCAAACCUGGAUAGGAACUGUGCUUUCUGCUUCUCUUUUUCAGUCUCUGAACUCUGUGUAUAAACAAGGAUUAUCCUGGGCAUAAUUCAUUUGAAUAUGAAAUCAACAUACUUUGUCUUCUGUAAAAAAAAAAAAAAAAAUCAAUCAAAAUGUAAUGUGAUACUAAGAAAGUCUCAUUUCCAUAAUCAACAAUGAGGCUAAGAGGUAGCUACCAUGUGGCUGAUGAAUGUGCCUAGGUAACUUCCUGUUUCUAUUCAAAACUACUGCUUUAUUUAUACAUUCAGCAACAUUUUUUUCCAACUAUAAAAUUUCAGUAAUAUCAAUUUUUUAAGCCACUUCAGGCAAAAGAAAAUGACUUGCCAUUUUAUGUGUCCAUCUGUGCUUUAUGUUUGGACUUUUUUUAUAUUAUGCCAUACUAUAAUAUCUUAUUUUAAAUCAAAAAGAAGGAAAAAGUGGCACAUGUUCAAAUUUGCAUAUAUCAUCUCUAAAAUUUAUCACCUAAAAAUUAUUUUUAAGAGUCAAGCCUGGGAAAAAAAUAAAUACAUCAAUAGGUAGGCAGCAUUACAUUGUAUGAAAAGUAAAACAAACCAAAACAUGUGUUCAGUACACACUGCCAUCAGAAUCCUAAUUUAAUCAACAGUACAGGUCAUGGAGAUUUUAACCCAACUUAGGAUUACAAUCAUUUUUUAAAGUAUUCUGCUUCACUAUACUUCAAGCAUUUACUCAGAUUUUCAAUUUUUCCUCUCAUGUGCAAUUGCCAAGACUUAGCUUAAGUGUCAGUAAGCAAAGUAAAACCACAAUCCAAAUAGGAUAAACAUUAUUUCCUCCAAACUCUGGUCCACGGUCAGUGGAGAGCGGGUAUUCUUUUAAUAAGGAGGAGGUGUUGCCAAGGAAGUCUGCACGGUGACUGGGAACUCCUCAGAGCAGGACCACAUCUUCUGAAGUCAUCAGGGACCAUAGGUAACACUUGCAGGGUGGAAGACUGUCCUUCAACACGGGCAUGUCUUAAAUAUUGCAAGUUACAUUCUAUGCUAUCAACAAUAAAACCUUUGACCCAGCUGUGGUUUGGUCAGGGUUAGUUUGUUUCCCUGGUAGUUUCGACCCCUCAAAUGUCGUGCCAUGCUUCACCACUUGAAUCAACUCUCCUGUGACCUUAACAGAUCUGCUGCAUUUGAGAACAUAUAUAACGCACUUCCACCCCCUCUUAAUGAAAAACUGCAUGAUGUUAAAAGCGCCCAUAUCAGAGAUGGAAAGCCCUAGGAGAAUCCCAGAUAGAAGGUUCACAAACCUACAGAAUCCAUUAACUGCUUGAAAAACUUUUAUAAUCAUUUUCAAUCUAUGGAUAAGAAAAGUACUUAGUUUUUCUAACUCUAUUUGAGUAAUUGGGGUGUCUAUUUUAUGCAUAUGGGCUUCCCAGGUAGCCCCAGUGGUAAAGAACCUGCCUGCCAAUGCAGGUAGACAUAAGAGAUACAGGUUUGAUCCCUGGGUUACAAAGAUCCCCUGGAGGAGGGCACAGCAACACACUCCAGGAUUCCUGCCUAGAGAAUCUCAUGGACAGAGGACCCUGGUAGGUGACAGUCCAUAGGGCCACUCAGAGUCAGCAUGACUGAAGCGACUUAGCGUGUGCGCACAUGCAUGCACACAUACACACACCCCCGAUGUCUUUCACAGUGGCCUACAAUUCCCAUUAAUGAAAGCUGAGAUCUUAUGAGGACCUUUGCAGUCUUCUUUAUGCUUGAGGAAAAGUUUCAAGGGACUGUCUCGACAGAUGAUGCUCUAAGUAGGACUGAAAAGACACUUGACAAUUCAGUCUCAUUCUUAAUUUGAGUGCAGGAACCACUGCAAGAUGAGCUGCUAAGCAGGGAGACAUUUUUAAGAGGGUUUCCGUGAUAAACGUUUUUAUAUGAUAUGAAAUCAAAUGAAAGGAUAUUUAUAUAGGUAUAUAAAGACAUGCAGCACAUUGGAGGAACCACACUUCAUAGUCAAAUUUAAACAUGUCAUAGAACCCUGAUCUCUAUUACUUUGUCCUCAGUAAAAGAGUAAGAAUGGAAUUUUGUUUUUCAUGUAAUUGAAAAACAUGACUGGCAGGUUUCAAAAUUCUGAGUUUGCUGGGACUGACAGCCCCUCAUUCCAAUUUAAGGGACUGACAGGGUUGACACCCUUCCCAUGACAGAUUAAUAAUGAGAUUUCAGUAAUGAAUCCAUUUGUCUUGCAAAUGACACCUACCAUGGCAUUGGAAGACAGCCGAGUCUAACUCAAAUUGACCAUUUCUUACCAAAUACUCUGAAACAUGAAGCUGGUCCCUUAAUCCAAGUGUUCUUGGUCAUGGCUGUCCCUUGUGGGAUACAGAGAGUUCAGGGAAGUACAGAAGCUGGGAACAAAAUCCCUGAGUGGCCCAAACAGUCUUUUUUGAUGUAAGGCAGGGAAGCUCAGCCCAGAUUGGUGAUUUCUGGUUUUUUUUACCCCCAACAUAUAUGCUCACUGUCACAUAAAAAAAGGAUGGAUAGCUUCUCCAUGUUUAUGUCUUUGUAUUUCUGGGAGGGAAAACAAUGAUUUUAGAAUAGCACUGUCUCUGCGGCAGUUCUAAAGCUGAAGCAGGGUGAGGCGGGUCUUGGAGUCGCAGGAAGAACCACUAGGCCACUGGGUCUACAACUUCAAUCCAUUGUAUUCCCUCCAGUUAGUGACUGCCCUUAAGCCCCGGUCCUGCAGAAACAUAAUCACUCCCAGUUUUUGAAGGGCUAAUCAUUUACUUUUGUGCACCUUGUUUAUCUUCUCUUUUCAACUAAAGACUUCUCUUUCCUUCUAUUAGAAUUUCACCCUGAGGAUGGAAAACAAAAAACAUUUGGAAAUAAAAUUCAAAUCUAUUUUGUUUCUUGUUAAGGAUCGAUUUAUUGAAGCAGUUUGAAAUCAUUGGUAAAAUAAAUGUCAGUGCAUUAUAUACUGUGAGUUUUUAAUAUCCAUAAUGUCCCUUUCCCAUCCACUGCAAACAACUGCAAGUUGGCUAUAUGCUUGCAGAACAUAAACGAAAAAAGUAUAGCAAAGAAUUUGGCUUUCCUCAAAUGAAAUCUAUUUUGAUUUUGUUCACUUGAAAUUUGAACCAGUAGAACAGGUCAACUCAAAAUUGAGUUUGGGGAAUAUAGUAAUAGCUCUUGGUUAAAUAUGCACUUUUAUCCCCAUCUUAAAUCUUUGACCAAAAAAUUGCAUUGUUUUAUAAUUUUUUGACUUUGUGUUACUUCAUUAAGGCUGAAUGACCUUGAGAUUCUGUUGGAUUUUGUAAAAAAAAAAAAAAUUAUUUCAAAUUUAAACAGUAUCCACAGUGUAAUUCAGUGUUAUGCUGUGUAUUGUUAACCCUCUAAUCUUAUUAAGAAGGAUGCUCUCUCCUCCUCCCCGAAAUAGCUGAUUUCCUCAUUUGUGAAACAGGAGUUAUUCCAUGUUUCAAAAACAGGAAAAAUAUUUCACAGAGAUACUUGAAAAACUUUUCUCCAUUCUGGGAAUUAAUGCUUCCAUUUAUUUAAAAAGAAGAAGAAUGUAAUUGGAAUCUUAAUUUAAAAAAUAUAUAUGUGAAAGUGUACUUGCUAUGAAAUACUCAGUUUCUAAAAAGGAAGAAAAAGGGACACAGCUUCUUUUAAAACUGUUGUUUCAGGCCAUAUCUGAUGUCAUAGAACUUCUGAAACAUCAUUCAAUUCUGGAUUUUAUUUAAGAGCAUUUUGUACUGCUGUCUUUGACUGUCAUGGAAAAUUCUGUAAUUGAACAGUGUUUCUGGUUUUAUUUUUAACUUUCUCAUCUGUACCACAGUCAAAUUAGCUACCAUUUUCCCCGUUCCUUGAGCUUUCUGUAGAUCAGUGGAUGUUAGGUUUAAACUUCUGUUUUCUUUGAUGAAGCUUUCAAUAAAAAAUGAAAAUAAAAUCAA